GACAGCCAUCUGAAUGUCUGGAGAGAAUUACAAAGAAAUAGAAGAGGAUAAACGAUCUAAUGGAUCUAGUGACGCAGAGGGUGAAUCAGAUACGCAAGUAAAUCAAUUUAAAGAUGAUGAAUUCAUUGAAGAUGAUCCGUCUCUAUCCUCAAAGCUAGAGAACGAGAAAAUAGACUUGAGCUACGUUGAUCCUGAUUUAUACGGUCUAAGAAGAUCGGGAAGAUCAUCUAAAACUCAAUCGGUUGAUCCAACUUACCUUGAUGAAUUUAUUGACGAUGAUGAGGAUGAUUACUCUGACGCACCGAAAAGGAAGUCAAGAAAGCCUACGAGAAGACAGCCGAGGAAAGAAGCUCCUCCACCACGUUUUGACGAAAGCUCUGAAGAUGAGUAUUUCACCUCGGCUACUUCCAAGAAACGACAAAGAAACCAACGGCGCGCACAAUCCAGCGAUGAAGAAGAAGAAGAAAGCUUUGAUGAGGACGAUGACCCUGGCGCUUUUAGAGCUUCCUCAAGGGGCAAUGGCGUGACAAAUUACAAUGAAGAACUCAUGGCUGGUUUUGAGACAGACGAGAGUGAACGCAUGGAGGCUGAAAUCGUGCCAGCCGUAGAGCCAAAAGUUGGUGAAAGACCACCUGAGUUCGAAAUUGAAACUGUUUUCGGUCAUUCAAGGGACGCAACUAAUGCACCGGACGUUGAUGAUGAUCCAUUUGAAAAUAUACGCUUCCAUAUUAAAUGGAGAGGCUUCUCACAUCACCAUAACACCGAUGAAACUUAUGAAUUCUUGAAACGUUGCAAGGGUAUCAAGAGAGUUGACAAUUACAUUAAGAAUAUUUACAACUAUCAACAUGAUAUUACUGUCAACCGUGACCAUAAUAAAGAAGACUAUGAAAUUGUAGAGAUGGAAAAGGAAAGGCUGAAGGAUUUGGUUGAAAUGUACAGAAAAGUAGAACGUAUACUCGAUCAAAGGGAUAGUGGUACUACUACUGAAUAUUUCUGCAAAUGGACUGGUUUGCAAUAUUCUGAAUGUACUUGGGAGAAACAUGACGAUGUUAGUCAAUAUGCACCUGAACAAAUAGACGCCUAUCUACUUAGAACUGCAUCAACUACCGUACCAAACAGAUCUGCAAAUUACAACAGAUCAAGACCAGCUUUCAGAACUCUAAUGGAGUCACCUGAUUAUAUUCAAGUAACUGGUGGUGAAUUACUCGAUUAUCAAAUGACAGGUUUGAAUUGGUUAGCAUAUCUCUGGUCAAGAAUGGAAUCUGGUAUUCUAGCAGAUGAGAUGGGUCUUGGUAAAACCGUUCAAUCUAUCGCAUGGAUUUCAUGGCUCUUCCAUGAAAGACAACAAUAUGGUCCUUUCUUGGUAGUCGUACCUUUGUCAACAAUACCAGCUUGGCAAGCUCAAUUCAUGAAGUGGGCUCCAGAUAUUAAUGUUGUUUGUUACAAUGGUUCUGGUAAAUCUCGUGAAGUUAUUAGAGAAUACGAAUUUGGUGAUUACAAGAAACUCAAAUUUAAUGUCUUACUUACUACUUACGAAUUCUGCUUAAAAGAUCGUGCCGAGUUAGGUCAAAUGAGAUGGCAAGCUUUGUUAGUUGAUGAAGCUCAUCGUUUGAAAAAUUCCGAAUCACAGCUAUAUGAAACACUUUUCAGCUUUGUUACGAACUCCAAGUUGUUGAUCACUGGUACACCACUACAAAACAAUGUCAAGGAACUUUCAGCAUUAAUGCAUUUCUUAAUGCCUGAAAGAUAUUCAAUCACUGGUGAUUUUGAAUUGACUGAUGAAGAUCGUGAGGAGAAGAUUGGACAGCUGCAUGAUCAAUUGAAGAACAUUAUGUUGAGAAGAUUAAAGAGGGAUGUAAUCAAAUCUUUACCAACGAAAUCUGAACGUAUCUUACGUGUUGAAUUGUCUAGUUUGCAAACACAUUACUAUCGUAACAUUCUUACGAAGAAUUUCACAGCAUUGAAGAGCUCAGAAGGUGGCGGACCUGCAAUGUCAAUGAUGAAUAUUGCAAAUGAUUUGAGAAAAGCUUCAAACCACCCAUAUCUCUUUGAUGGUGCCGAAGGUUCAAUAAAUGCUAAAGAUGAAGUACUCAGAGGUAUAGUCAUGAACUCUGGUAAAAUGGUUCUUCUCGAUAAAUUGCUUGCAAGACUCAAAGCUGAUGGUCAUCGUGUAUUGAUUUUCUCUCAAAUGGUCCGCAUGCUUGAUAUCAUUUCGGAUUAUCUUUCAUUACGUGGCUACAUGCAUCAAAGAUUAGAUGGUACAAUUCCAUCAGAACAACGUAGGAAAGCUAUCAAUCACUUCAACGCUGAGAAUUCACCUGACUUUGCGUUCAUUUUAUCAACAAGAGCUGGUGGUUUAGGUAUUGACUUGCAAACAGCCAACACCGUCAUUAUUUUCGACAGUGAUUGGAACCCACAAAACGAUCUCCAAGCUAUGGCUAGAGCUCAUAGAAUUGGUCAGAAAUCACAUGUCAGUAUUUAUAGAUUUGUCAGUAAAGAUACUAUGGAGGAGGAUAUUCUUGAACGUGCAAAGAGGAAGAUGGUUUUGGAAUAUGCUAUUAUUAAUCAGGUUGACACCUCAGGUAAAAACAUCGGUCAACCGAAAUCAGCUAAACAGCAACCUGAUAAUUUCUCAAGAGAAGAACUCUCUGCUAUUUUGAAAUUCGGUGCACAGAAUAUGUUUAAGACUGACGACAAAGAGCAAAAUAAGAAACUUGCUGAACUUAAUCUUGACGACCUGCUUGCUCGUGCUGAAGACCUAGAGAGUGACAAAGCUGUUGGUGGUUCAUCACUUGGUGGUCAGGACUUCUUGCAACAAUUCCAAGUUCAAGAUGUCAAAAAUGACACUAGUUGGGAGGAUAUCAUUCCUGCUGAAGAACGUGACAAGCUCGACGAUGAACAGAAGGAAGAACUCAAAAAGCAAACCGAGGCGGAAUUACAAGAACAAUUCGGUAAAAGAGCUGCAUCUAAAGUACAACCGGGUACCUACAAAACUGGUGAUGCACCAUCGCCGAAAAAGAAAGAAGCACCAGUCGUACAAAAGAAAACAACAGCUCAACGUGCCAUUGAACUCAAGGAACGCGAUUUACGUAAUCUCAUUCGUGGUAUAACCAGAUUUGGUGAUAUUAGAGUUCGUAUGGAUGAUAUCGUCAAGGAUAGCAAGCUUGAAGGAAAGAACAGAACGGUACUUAUCAAAACGUCUGAUGAACUUCUUCAUAAGUGCAAAGAGGCUAUUAAUGAGCAUAACGCUGAGUUAAGAGCGCGUGCAAGUGCUGGUGAAAGUAUCACCCAGAAUGAUAGACAGAAGGCUGUCCUUAUCGACUUCAAGAAUAUUAGUGGUGUCAACUCCUACACAACUUACACUCGCUAUAAAGAGUUAAGCUUCCUCCAUGAUGUUCUCAGCGGCGUUGGUAAUUCUUUGAAUUGGCGUCUGCCUAUAGACAAAUUAAAAUCUGUCAUUGGUUGGGCUUGCGAUUGGAGUGCCAAAGAUGAUGCUAUGCUUUUAAUUGGAUGCUGGCGUCACGGUUUAGGCAACUGGGACACCAUCUCUAAUGAUGAAGAUUUGGGUUUGCAAGGAAAAUUAUUCUUAGAGGAAGGUAGAGGAAAGACCAAAAAAGAAGACAAGAAGAUACCAAAUGCCGUACAUCUUGUUCGUAGAAGUGAUUACUUAUUGGGUGAAUUAAAGAAAGCACUCGAGAAGGAAUACAAUGCAAAGGAACACUCUCACCCAUCUGGAACACCUCAAAAUACAUAUGCGCAUGGCCAUGGCAGCAAACCAGUCAAGUCAUCUCGUACUUCACCAUCGCACAACAAGAAAAAGGAAGACCAACACGGAGACAGUGACGAUGGUACCGAAUCGAUGGAUGAAGGUAUAAUGAAGGAACACAUGAGACCAGUGAGGAAACAACUGAAAUCACUAAAGUAUGAAGUAGAUACAUUAAAGGGACAAGAGAAGUUAAAAUUACUGAAAGAAUGCCUUCAUGCUAUUGGUACACGUAUUCAAGACUUGAUAUUAGAAUCUAAUGAUAAGGAGAAAACACGCAAGCACGCGUGGAUAUUCACGACGCUAUUCUGGCCAAAAGAGGUCAAAUAUACACAAUUAAUUGAAAUCUAUCAAAAAAUGGUAGGGCAAUCAGCGACGACGUCAACUGGCGUGAAGAGACAACAUUCGUAUGAAAAUUCAGAACAGAAAGAACAAGAAAUAAAGAAGCCAAGAAUGUAAUAAUAUAUUUUAGUUUUUUAUAAUAUUUAUUCAGAUUUUC